AUGGUAAGUGCUCUACCUGUAACUGGCGAACGUCCUCUCCUAGAACACCUCUUUUGGAAUCCGGUUACGCUUGCUGAUCUCGACGCUCUUGUCCCUGCACUCAUCGAGAGCCCCGUGAUCAUGGAUCAGCUAGUCGUGAAUAUCGGCUACUUCAACGCAUACGGGCUCAUUCCGUGGCCUGACCUUGAGCACAUGCUCAUACAUCUCCUUGCUGUUGGCGACGAUCGAAAUCACCUGUACGAAACAGCAAAGGCCCGUAUCGAGCUUGAACGCAAGCGCCGCCAGCACGUAGAGCAUGUUGACCGCCAAAAGCGGGUCAAGAGUUUCGGGAAGACUGAUACUAUAAUUCGUAGUGUCCAGCAUUGUGAGACGAUUGGCGACUUUUCUCGUUCGCGGCUGCAUAACGGCCCAGGGCUAACGGAUCGGAAGCAUCCCAAGGUCCGGCUGCCGCAAAACGACACGCGGCGAGUGAGCCCAACGCACAACCUACUGGUUCCGGAGACAAACACGAGGGUCGAGCAUGUCUAUAUGUGGGCGGAAAACAAGUGCAGUUCUGACUCGCUGAUCAGCAAAAUGCAGAGGCAUGAGAUUGUUGUGAAGCUUCAGCCUAAAGAACCUGCGCCUUCAGCUCAGAUUCCUACCCGUACUCUUGCAACAAAGGAGACGAGCGAUGCCAUCCACAUAUCUACACCAAAAGAUAGGAAUGUCAGAUAUGGAAGUCAUUUUUGGACUAAUAGGGAUUGCAGCUUCGAUGAAAUAUAA